AUGUCUUGGUUAGAGUUUGGGCUUCUGACUGUGGUCAUCAUGGGAUCUUAUGGCUGCUUAAAAUGUAGCAGAGAAGCCAUGGCGCUUCGGACAGAGUUCAGAAAUAGCUACCUGGAGAAGAAACUCCAAAAGGACCCUCAGCUCAAAACCAAAUUGCAGCAGCUCCUGGACAAUGUCAUAGAGAGGCUAUCGAAUCAACCCAUACAUCCGAAAAAAUAUAUGGGUAUUAUUGAUGAAUUAACGCUAAAAAAACUCACUGUCUACUUCAAACGCUCUCUGAACCAGAUCAAGGAAAAUCACUUUGAAGGUGAGCAGCUUUUUAAUGAAAUGAUGUGGAGCCUCCAGAAACUGGUAUCUUAUUUUGAAGAGGCCAUGCCACAAUUUACAAAACUCUAUUGCAGCAAUGACUGUGGUCGGAUGGUGUAUGCUUUUAUCAGUUGCUUCUCAUGUGAGACAAAUCAACAGUCAUGUUCCAAGAACUACCAUUGUGGAGAACGGAACGUUCGAGUGGAAACAGAUGAUGAUCUGAUUUUGGAUUGUGCUCUGAAAUGGCAUAAGGCAAGCCAUGGAGUGAAGACAUAUAAGUUCUUCCGGAUGGUGAAUGAUAAAGAGCAGCUGAUGGCCAGUGGUACAGACUCCUUUCUGACCAAGAAGGAAGCCAGCAUGAAAGAUGCAGGCAGAUACCGAUGUAAAAUGAUAGAUGCAGAGGGAUAUACUGCCAGCCAGAUUGAAUUUCAAGUUGUAGUGCUACCUUCAAGAGAGACGAUCACCUUGUUUACCCGCCCACCACCACUGGUUCCACCACCAUUACUGUCACCAGCAUCAUCAUCAUUAUUGUCAUCACCACCAUCACUGCCUAUGACAGUGGAAAACCCUCUUACCCUAGGGGUUUCCUCCAGGGCUCCACCCCCUGAAGCUGAUUGGGCAGCUUGGAAAAUGAGUGGGAUUACAGGAGGAGCGCUGUUCUUCAUUGUUGCUGCGUUCUUAUGUUAUUAUCGUCAUAUGGCCAAGAAAGAGGAGGAGGAAGAUGAGGAUGAUGAUGAUGAAGAGGAUGAAGAUGAGAGUGACAGUGACAGUGAAUCUUCAGAGUUGGUGGAAAUGUGA